AUGUCUUCUGCAAACCAAACUACUGUCACAGAAUUCAUUCUCUUGGGUCUCACAGAUGACCCACUCCUAGGGAAGAUCCUGUUUGGAGUAUUUCUGGUCAUCUAUCUCAUCACGCUGGCAGGAAACCUGUGCAUGAUCAUGCUGAUCAGGACCAACGCUCACCUCCAGACUCCCAUGUACUUCUUCCUUAGUCACCUCUCCUUUGUAGACCUCUGCUAUUCCUCUAACGUGAGCCCAAACAUGCUGCAUGACUUCCUCUCAGACAGAAAGACCAUCUCCUUUGCUGGAUGCUUCACACAGUGCCUUCUCUUCAUUGCCCUGGUGAUCACUGAGUUUUACAUGCUUGCUUCUAUGGCCGUGGAUCGAUAUGUGGCCAUCUGCAGUCCUUUACACUACACUACCAGGAUGUCCAAGAACAUCUGUGUCACUCUAGUCGUGUUUCCUUAUUCUUUCGGCUUCCUCAAUGGACUGUCUCAGACAAUAUUGACUUUUCACUUGUCCUUCUGUGGCAACACUGAGAUCAACCAUUUCUACUGUGCAGACCCUCCUCUCAUAAUGCUGGCCUGUUCUGACACUUAUGUCAAAAAGAUGGCCAUGUUUAUAGUUGCUGGAUUCACUCUUUCAAGCUCCCUGUUCAUCAUUCUCCUGUCCUACCUUUUCAUCUUUAGGGCUAUUUUGAGAAUCCGUUCUGCUGAAGGCAGGUCCAAGGCCUUUUCUACCUGUGGUUCCCACUUGACAACAGUGACUGUCUUCUAUGGGACCCUCUUCAGCAUGUAUCUAAGACCCCCUUCUGAGAAUUCUGUGGAAGAGUCCAAAAUAUUUGCAGUCUUUUACACCUUUUUAAGCCCCAUGCUGAAUCCUCUGAUCUACAGUCUAAGGAACAAGGAUGUGAUUCGUGCCUUGAAACUAUUGAUUAAUGGUAAUAUGUUUCACAAAAUUGUAUUAUAG